AUGGAGGAUAUUUUGGUAGAUAUUUUUAAAUAUACAAGAUGCCCAGCAUCUUUUAUGAGAGUAAAUAAGUCAUGGUUAAAUACCGCUAAAAAUCCAGUGUCAAGAUACCAUUGGCUAAUUAACAAUUAUGGAGAAGCACAUUCAUUGUUUUUCGCAGUGUAUUUUGGACCAAGUUUCAUUAGUAUUGACUUGGUAAAUUGUGCUUUGAGAAACGGUGUGAUAUUGUCGCAAUAUUUUCUUCAAGUACUUAAGAAAUGCUAUUGGAGGUAUAGAUCUGAUUAUAGUAAAUUUGAAAAACCGUGGGGUUCAGAUUUACCACUAGAUGUCUAUAAAAAAUUAUUAGCAGAAGGAAAUCGUAGAUGGAAUGGAGAUUUUUGUUUAAAUGGUAAUGAUCUUGAAAAGUUUUGUUCCUUGAAUAGGGAUAAUGCAGAUAAUGUAUUAAAUGAAAAGAUUAGAGGUUUGAUUUUUGACAAAAAAUUCAUCCCAAAUCCAAGAAAACCAAAAAUUUCAUAUAAAAAUUUUAUUGAUUUCAAAAAAAAAUCUCAACCACCACUAUUACCACCACCAUCUCUAUUUUUUGAAGAACCUGAUAAGAUGACUGAUGCAUUUGAAAAUGCAGAAACAUUGAAAAUGGUGUCUAAGGCAAUUAUUGCUCACCCAGAAUUAGUUGACAUGUGGAAAGAAAUUGGUUAUGAGACAAUUUGUUAUGAUUAUAAUAAAUCCUCCAUUUUAGAGGAAUGCUUGUUUGAAAUAAUUGGAGGUUGGGGGGAUUUGAAGCAAACCACCUGUGUUCUAGAUUUUUUAUUUCAACAAAUUGAAGGAAGUCCAGAAAAUAUUUUUCUAAAAAUUUUAAAACAUUAUAAAAUUGGAGAAACCAAUGUUAGAAAUGUUAAUGUCAAUGAUGAAAACUUGGAACACUUGAAACUUUUUUCAUUUGAUUUGUGUAUUUAUCAAUGGAUAUUGGAAAAUUUCAAGCCUUAUCCAAUCAUUAUAUCAAAAUGCUUUGUUGAAAUUUUAUUAACUAAAAGUUAUUUUGAUUCAAAUUCUUCAAUUUUAACAA